AUGGGGGUUCAACACAUAGAGGUUGUCGUUGAGUUGAAAAGUGAAGUUGGUCAGUCUAGUAGCUCUGGUUCACUGCGUGUGGGGGGUGGGGAUGAAAUGGAUGCACUCCAUAGAUUUUGCCACCAUAAGGAGAAAAAAUUGUUGUCAGCCCCUUGGGCCGAUGGAAGGUAUAAAGGUCAACUACUUGCCGUAAUGGUGAAAAAUGGGAACAAUGGUUUAUUUCCUGUAGCAUUUGCGAUUGUUGAUUCAAAGACUACGACCAAUUGGUCAUGGUUCUUGCACAAGCUUGGGAAGGUUGUUGAUACUAGGCGACAAAUUACGUUCAUUUCUGAUCAUAAUAUUGGGUUAUUAGAAGCGAUGCCAAAGGUAUUCCCAUCAGCUCACCACGGUUAUUACUUACAACGCUUGAAGAACAAUUUAAGGGACUGGACGAAGGGUGUUGGUCAAGAAAAUUCAUUUCAAUUAUUGUGUAAUGUUGUUAUAUUUUGCAGGGGCAUGCGUUAUGAAAAGAUGACAUCCAAUGCAGCGAAGUCAUUUAAUAAUUGGAUCAAAAAAUCACGUAAUCUUCUUAUCACUCGAACGGUGGACAUUAUUCAUACUCAGUUGAUACGAAAAAUGUUGGCGCGGCAGGACCAAGAGAACAAGUGGAAUGAGGUUGUUUGUCCUACAUUUGAAACCAUGCUUCUUGAUUCGUUCAAUGACAGUAGGUCUUGGCAGAUCAACGGCUUCCCAUGUGACCAUGCUGUUAUUGCAAUUCAGAAGAAUCGGUACAAUCUCAGCGAUUGUGUUGAACAUUAUUUUCAUGUCGAGACGUAUCAUGCAGCAUACUCAGGUGCCAUAUUCCAUAUACCAUUGGUGGAAAAGCCACCAUUCGAUCCCACGGACCUCACCAUAUACCCACCAACUGUAAAAAGACCACCCGGCAGGCCGAAGAAGAAUAAGAUUCCAUCAAGGGGGGAGAAAUUGAAGCAAAUAAGGUGCGGGAGAUAUGAUAAGUUGGGAAGCCACAAUCGGAAAUCAUGCAAGGAGCCGAUAUAG